GGGGACACUAUUGAAACUUACCGACUCAAGGACGCAGUCUGCCGUCACUUGUCAGGGUAAUAAUGGUUCUCACUGGACUAGGGCUUCUCUGCAUGGCUAACUCAAGAGCAUGAGAGCAGACGCUGGGCAUUGGGCGGAAGACACAUAGAGCUGGGAAUAGCGCCUGUGUCGUUCCUUCCUCUCACUUACCUGUGUUGGGGAGAAAGAAAGAUUCUGAUAUAGAAACAUUCCGAUUGUCUGGCCUUGAAGAGAAUCAGUACAGAGCAGAGAGGGAGAGAGGAGCCAGUUAGAGUGGGAGAGUUCUGUCCUCUCAUCUCUGAGACAUGGUAGAGUGUGUAACAGUAGCGAGCCCCUCAGCAGCAGCAGCAACAGCCCCAGAGCAUGGAGAAGUCCAGCAGUGAGGAGUCAGCCAUUCACCGCAGCCCGUCCGUGGAUAGCCGCGACUCCGACUUUGCCCGCGCCUCUACAUCUGGCCGCCCGUUCGGUGGCCGCGGCUUCACCGCUGGCGCGUUCUACGGCUCCACGGGGCCACGUGGCGCCUCCGCCGCACAGGGGCAGGCUGGGACAGCGGCCGAUGCCAGCGUCAACAUCGGAGGAGACAAGAGCAGCAAUAACAAGUACACGGCGCCCAAAGGCAGCAAAUACGUGGUCUUUUACCUGGAUCUAUCCUUUGUGUUCCUUUUAGAAUUCAAGAAGUGCAACAUGGCACGGGGCUGUCUCUGCUGUUUGAAGUACACGAUGUUCCUCUUCAACCUCAUCUUCUGGUUGUGUGGCUGUGGGCUGCUCGGCGUGGGCAUCUGGCUGUCUGUAUCCCAGGGCAGCUUUGCCACCUUCUCGCCCUCCUUCCCGUCGCUCUCCGCUGCCAACUUGGUCAUCGCCAUCGGCGCCAUCGUCAUGGUGACCGGCUUCCUGGGCUGCCUGGGCGCCAUCAAGGAGAACAAGUGCCUGCUUCUGAGCUUCUUCAUUGUCUUGCUGAUAAUCCUGCUGGCAGAGCUGAUACUACUCAUCCUGUUCUUCGUGUAUUCAGAUAAGGUCAGCGAGAAUGCCAAGCAGGACCUGAAGGAUGGCUUGUCUCUGUACAACACAGACAACAAUGUAGGCCUCAGGAACGCAUGGAACAUCAUCCAAGCAGAGUGGAAGUGCUGUGGGGUGGUAGGGUACACAGAUUGGCACGAGGCCCUCAAGGAGAAGGUGGUGCCCGACCGCUGCUGCCAGGAGCACUACCAGGAGUGCGGACGCAACUCCACCAACAUGUUCUGGACACGGGGCUGCUAUGAGAAGGUGGAGGAGUGGCUCGAUGACAAUAAGCAUCUCAUGGGAACCAUUGGCAUGUGCAUCUUGGUAGUGCAGCUCCUGGGAAUGGCGUUCUCCAUGACACUGUUCCACCAAAUCCACAGAACAGGGAAGAAGUAUGACGCUUAGCGUGGGACAGACAGCACACAGGGAAAGGAGCCCCAUGUACUGCCUGAUGGGAUAGACUCUGGAUGCCCCCCCCCCCAUACCUCCUGUAUCACAAAGCCUCCCACUCCCCACUCUUCCCAGAAACCCUGUACAGACUGCAGCUGUGUCACCCUUGUCCUCUUCGCUGUCCACUCCACCAUUCAUUUGCCAAAGAUAAAUGGGACUGGGAGAUGUCUUAUGUCGUCUCUCUCCUGUUCAGAAGUAAAUAUAAAUGUUUUGGGCGCUUGGACUAAUAGUUUUGCGGGAAGCUUUACUAAUGCUCACCCCCCCCCGCAAGGCGAAGAAAGCGGUGAAAAGAAAGAUUAGAUUGUAGUCUCCAGGUUUUCAUGGAUUUUGUCGUGUUGAUUGUUCAUGUUAACUUCCUCUUUCCCUUCUAAAUGAUGAAAGGCUCCGACAUGCUAUGCUAGUUUUCUACUCCCCGGAACCCUUUUCCAUUGAAAAUGUCAGACAACAUUUCUUUCCCCCCUUUAUGCUCCUAUGAAAUGGAGUGUUUGAUAUGCUAAGUCAAGACUCUCAAACACUGUUCCUGGAGAGCUACCAUCCUGUAGGUUGUCACUCCAACCCUGUUCCUGGAGAGCUACCAUCCUGUAGGUUGUCACUCCAACCCUGUUCCUGGAGAGCUACCAUUCUGUAGGUUGUCACUCCAACCCUGUGUCCUGGAGAGCUACCAUCCUGUAGGUUGUCACUCCAACCCUGUGUCCUGGAGAGCUACCAUCCUGUAGGUUGUCACUCCAACCAUCAUCUAGUGCACCUGAUUUGUAUAAUUGGCUGAUUUAUAAAUUGAAUCAGCUUAGUUACAACUGGAGUUGGAACAAAAACCUACAGGAGGGUAACCCUCCAGAAACAGGGUUGGAGAGCCCUGUGUUAUCUGUUGUCAGAGGUGUGGAAUGGAUGAGAUGCACAGGAGGCUGCUGAGGGGAGGACGGCUCAUAAUAAUGGAUGGAAUGGAGUGAAUGGAAUGGUAUCAAACUAAUGGAAACUAUGUGUUUGAUGUUUUCGAUGCCAUGCUAUUUAAUCCGUUCCAGACAUUACGGCCACCUGUGAUGAGAUGUGAUGAGUUGCUGUGGAUCAGGGAUGGGCAACUGGUGUGACACUCUUCUCCUAGCCCUAUAGCUAACACACCUGAUUAGACAAAUUGCAUGAAUCUAAACUGAAGACUAUGGGCGCUUUCCUCUGCCCAGGCGUUGCUGACGCAUGCCAGAUCUUACAAUGCUUGGAUAGGUAUUUUACUUAUCAGCUAAACACAUCAUAUGGUAAAGCAAUCGGUCAGUCUAUGACACAGUCAAUGAUCAGUUGAUUAUUGGAGUCUGGUGUUAGCAGUGGCUGGGGAAAACGUGUGUCACCAACCAGGCCCCCGAGGACUGGAGUUGCCCAUCUUUGCUGUGGAUGGUCAGGGGUUGGGGUGGGUCGUAGGUCAAGGUUGUAAUGCCAUGAGCCCUAAGUGGGUGGUGCCCUGGAUUCGUAGAGGUGUUUCCUGUGAUGGAAAGAAUUAAACUUCAGAGGAAUCAAGUUAAGAGUGCAGGGCUCUCCAACCCUGUUCCUGGAGAGCUACUCUCCUGUAGGUUGUCACUCCAACCCUGUUCCUGGAGAGCUACUCUCCUGUAGGUUGUCACUCCAACCCUGUUCCUGGAGAGCUACUCUCCUGUAGGUUGUCACUCCAACCCUGUUCCUGGAGAGCUACCCUCCUGUAGGUUGUCACUCCAACCCUGUUCCUGGAGAGCUACCCUCCUGUAGGUUGUCACUCCAACCCUGUUCCUGGAGAGCUACCCUCCUGUAGUUUUCACUCCAACCCUGUUCCUGGAGAGCUACCCUCCUGUAGGUUUUCGCUCCAACCCCAGUUGUAACUGACCUGAUUCAGUUUAUCAGCCAGCUAAUUAUUAGAAUCAUCUGCACUAUAUUAAGGUUGGAGCAAAAACCUACAGAAUGGUAGCUCUCCAGGAAUGCCUGAACUCUUUAGUUUUCAUUCCCUCUCUUUCUCCAUCUCAUCCUUUCGCUCUCUCUCUUACUUUUUACAUGUCGGAACGGCAGGGGGGGCGAGACAAGCUCUUCACAGUACACAUUUUCACUGACAUUCCUGCUAGACUAAGUGAUGAUGUGUCUACACCUGUAGUCUGAAUUCUGCUGCUGUACUUUUCAAAGCGCCUUCCCUGCGUCAGUCAGUCACAGAGUGGGUGGAAGGGAGGGAGUCUGAUCAAAAGGCGAGGCUGUGGUUCGGAUAUGGCAACGCGCCCUGUAGGACAAGUCGUUUUACUAGCGCUAUAACGGUGGCCCAUGUGCGGUUCAACAGCAGGAGUCCUGUUUAGUACAAGAACAAGGGUAGGUUUCAGGGUACGUAGAUAAUUACACUCGAAGCUGCUUUGGAGGGCUUUACCAACAGGGUCAUGUUCAUUAGGCACUGGAACAAAAUGGACUGAAACAGUUUAGGACUACCUGGAUAAGAAACAUUUUUGUAGCAUAAACAUUUUCCUUUACAUGCCCUAAUGAACAUGGCCCCGUUUUCCUUUAUCAUGUCAACAUGCAGAAGUAGAGGGAACUUAAUGAAGCAUUCACUUGCAACCGUCUGCUUGUAGUAAUCAAUUCAUUGACUUAUCGUUAACAUAAAGGAGGGGAGGUUGGCUGAACUGACUGGAUGUUUACUGUACUUUGGGGAAUUUGGUUAGAAGUUUGAUAAUCGGGACCAGAAGUGUCUCAGUUCUAAAAUCUCAUCCUACAAUUGCAGGAGGGUUAGAGGCUAGGAUGCUGCUUGGGAUAAGAGGUGUAAGAACUCUGACAUUGCUGCUACAUGCAGAUGUCGUGUGAAGGAUCGAGGAGGCGGCAGGAGGUAAAGGACAUUUUGCCAAACACAGCGAACUCGGAGACACUGCGGCCUUCACACUGUCUGCAUUAAGGAUCAUCUUCAGGACCAUCUAAGGUCAUUCAUUAAAUCUUAAUUUGAACAUAUUGGGAUGUACAAUACUCUACAUAGUGGUAGAUGGCAGCAGAUGUGGGUUUUGUGCAUGGCUGUGUCACAGGCUCAGAUAGUUGUUGUUGACCUUUCUGUCUCUGAUUCACUGGAUGCCCCCCAUCAUAAUCCAUGUUUUACAACCACAGGAAAAACAUGACAGCUGCUGACGUAAAGCACUGGCAUGAGCGCUUCACGUCCUCUGCCUGGAUGCAUCCACAAACAUUCAGCACAAUUUAUCGCUCCAGCAAAUGCCGCGAGGUACAUGCCAGGGUCGACAUUUGUAGAGAUGUGACAAUUGUCGUCGGUCACGUAAGAACAGGUUUGUACCCUGUGUACCUACAUCCAUGUACCCUCUGCCACUUUGCUUGCUCCCAGAAGUAAUGCUGCAUCUGAUAAUCAUAGACUAAAGAGCACAUUCAUCUCAGCUGAUCAGAUCUGUGAUCAUUAUUGUAUUGUGAAAGUCUGACAUUGCGACAUUGUGUGAAGUGAUUUGGGGUGGAAGGGUUUGAUGUUGAAUGAAAUGCAGAAUAGCCACUCCAGCAUGAAGAUAGAUUUACAUGAUAAAAUCCUGAUACAAAACCGGCUUCACACAGUCCAUAUGUCAGACUUCGUUCAAGAAUCAUUUCAAAAUCCCAAACAGUUUUCCCCGUUGUCAUUCACGUAACGUGUAACUGUCACUCUGCCAUCUCUGAAAUGUCGGUUUUCUACCAUUUGACAUUUUUCUGUUCUUCGGAAAGGAAUCCAUUCAAGUCUUUGCUUCCCGCAUUCUCCCACCGUCAAGUGGUUUUUCAGUGUUUUAUCAAACAUAUGUUGUUUGUUCAUGUUCAUAGAGGAGAAGAAGUCUAUCACUUUAACACUAGUGUUUUAUGAUGUUGUGUCGUUGUACAUGAGCUGUUUUUGUCUCUUGUUUUCAUACGAUCUGCUCUUUUACUGUGUUGUACUUGGCUUUGUUGUGACAGAAGCUGUCAGUCAUCUGGAGAACAUUAGGAUUAUAUCCUUGGGAUUAUAGACAGAUAGUUAGACGGGGGAAUUGAAGACAAACAGGAGCGUAACGUUAUUCCUUUUUAGGGUGCAACUAAACCACCUCCCUGUCUUGACUUCGCCGCAGGCAUUUUUUCCAGUCCUGUUUUGAGGGAGGAACAUGCCGUCUGAGUAGGAGGAUCAAUACAUACUGCAUGUUUGCUGUUUUGUUUUCUCUAUACGGAGAGCUGGAUCCAAACCGCAUCGGAAAAGUAUUGCAGAAAAUCUGAGUUUUAGGUCGAUUUAAAUUUAAAGUCAAUAUUCCCGCAUUCACAUAUGUCGGCUCAAGCUGAAAUGACCUUACAAAUGUCAUCCAUUUUGUGCACAUUAGGAUGUGCUAUUCUAUUAUCUGCGGUAUGUCUUUAACCAUGCCUGUACCGUUCUUGUAAAUGCCUGCCCAACUCUGCCCUAUGGAAUUGUUCUUACGGCAUUACUGUUAUUCUAGUCCUGGGAGUAACUGAUCAACUGAUCAUCUGUUCUUGUUGCACCUCUGCAAUAGGAAGGACCCCAUUAACCUAAUGCCCAUGAUAUUGACAGAAGAUGAUAUGAACAUCCACACUCUCUCUGAACUGUUCAUUUUUGGACGUUAUUUUCUUAGCUGUACGGGCGUUAACUUAUUUCCUACCCAUUAAUUCAUGUUGUUCAUCUUUUAUUUGUUUGAUAGAUUGUUUGCAUUUGUACUUUUUAAUUCAGGAGCAUUGUAAAAGAAAAUGUAAAUGUGUUUUUUUUGGGGGGGGGGGGUUAGUACUGUAUUGCUAGAUUAAUUUACAGUAUUGCAGCUUGUAGUGAGAAAUAGGAUACAUUUCAUUCGUGGAUUUGGAAUGAGCAUUCAGUAUUUUUUUCCCUCUCGUCACAUGGAAACACUGCCACAGACUGGAGAUGGAAAGGGAAGAAUGGUUAUUGGGGGUUUUGUCUGCUAUGGAAGCAGCUCAUUUCUACCACCUUUGACAUAUUUUUAAAAUCUCAUCACUAAUCCCUCACCACUAAAGCUGACUAUCUGAGCUGUUCUGAAAUGUAAGCUCUUGAAUGGUGUGUUUGAUGUAGUGUCGUGGCAAACCGCAGUAUUAUCUGCCAUCUGUCAGCCUUGUCCUGUGGAUUUUUUUUGUUGCUACAUGUAAAAAAGAACUCUGAAUAUCUAUAUUAGGUGGUGCACUACAUUUCAUUCUUUAAAUCCUAAUAUUUUUUAAAUAAAGGAAAGUGUGUGGUAAAAAUCCCACUAUACCCUAUACGCUCAUUUGCCUUUCAUGUUUGAAGACUGACGUUAUUGUGUUGCUUUUUUCUUGGCACCGUGAAGUAUAGUUUUUAAAAGUACGGUUUGAUUCGGAAUCAUUUCUCAUAUUUUGGUAUAUUGAACGGAGUGAAUCAGUGAGUGAGCUGUCAGAAGUUAGGCUACAUCAGGGGAAACCGUGAACAGCAUAUUCCCUUAAAAUGUGUGCUCAUUUAAAGAGAAUGAAACCUAAGGGGCAGCUACUGCAGACAGUGUGAUGAACUAAUCACAAUAGAAACUCAAAUGACAGUCGUCAGGUUUUAAGGUGUAUUAGUGGUAUGUACGGGAUGCACUUGGUAUACAUUGUCCAGUGAAAUGCUUACUUGCAGGUUCCUUCUCAACAAAGCAACAAUAAGAAAUAAUAAAAUAUGAAUAUGAACAUAAAAUAAAUUACAGCAGAAUAGAAUAAACAUUUUAGCAUAAGUAUAAUACAGGAAGGCACAAUUUAUAGUCCAAUAUUUACAUGUGUAUUGGUGAAGGGGGGAAUGGGGGGGGGUGUAUUAAUUGAGCAGUAUAAUAAGUCUGAGCCAUAUAUAGAUAUCUCUAUAUACUGUAUCUCACUAUAUCUAUGGCUCUGAUUUUCUUUGAGUUGGUUUCUACAGAUGUGUCCUAUAAAAUUGGCAAUUUUAUCUAGUAUUUUUACUGUUUGAUGUGAGCACAAGAGUAUUUUUCUACUGAGCUUUACCCCCUGAGUUAGGCGUAGAUUCAAUCCAUAGCACUGAAGAUCCACACUACAGGUUCAAAUCUAAAGGCAAUGCUCCCACGUCACAGUAAACGCAGCAUAUGUCGGCUCAAUAUGACCUUAACAUUUUAAUCUCGGGAGAGCACGGAUCAUUAUCGCUACAGAUUGAAUCUAGGCCUUAGCCUAUCUGUUCUCCUUCUCUUCUUCCUGUUUGGUAGUGAGUAGAGUUUACUGUGCCAUUCCAUUCUGGCUUUCUUUAAUCUCACUGAUCCUUCUAUGCAAAAAAAAAUACCUAUUUUAGCCUUUGUACAGACCAUUUUGUAUUAGUAAUAUGUACUGAAAUAAAGUGAUUAGUGGUGA